AUGCUACUUCAGCUUGAGGGACCUGUUUCUCAGGCGGCAGCAGACUUGAAGCAGUUCUGUGUGCAGAAUGCACAACAUGAUCCCCUAUUGACAGGAGUGUCUUCAAGUACAAAUCCAUUCAGACCCCAGAAAGUCUGUUCAUUUUUGUAAUUUGAUGAACUAUCUUGAUCUCUUUCAGU